CCCAAAUUUACUGCAUGUGACGUCUGUCCAGUCAUGUGUCUGUAGGUGGGUCUAAAAUGGAGGUUGUUGACGGAAAACGGCUCUGAUGCGGCUAGGUAGGCAUGGUAACUGCUGAUAAUCAUGUGGCUACCGACUACCGACGAAAAUAAUGGAGGGAAUCGGGACGGCUCCUUCGUACCCGCCACAAUUAAGCUGCACUAACCAGCACACAGAGACGGUGGAGGUCAUAGAUUUUGGUGACGAUGAGCGGCAGCAGGUGUUACGGGCUUAUCGGGAGGAGGAGCUCCGUUGGAAGCCUUGGCUGAUUCCCGAGGAGGAGCUCCCACCUGUUGCCCUGCUUCGGCCCAGCCGAUCACCUUCACCCCCUCGCGAGGACUACUUGUCUCCGGCCGCUUGUUUGGCGGGGAUGUGGGGAGAGGAAGAAGAACCGGUCCCCACAGUUAACGCUGCUGCACUCGCUGCCGCUCCCAGAAGGAAGCGCCGUCUGCGGCGUCACCGCUCCACACGGCACUCAGAGGUUAGUGACAAUGUUCUGUUGCCACUGAAUCCCCCUGGAUGUGAUGAGGGUGAGGGGCUUAGAAGGACAAUUAAGGUCUCGGAGAUGGAGACUCAACGUAUCUGUACUGUUAACUCUGUCACCCCCCCAUGCACCUCGUCACAGUCUGUUUUCUCGGGGGCAAGUGGGGACGCUGUCUGUUCCAUGCCUCUGACUCUUAAUGUGGAGGGUGUUACUCUUGUGCCCACGAUUUGUAUUGACAAUAAAGCUAAAAUUUCUGAUAUUGGGCAUGCUAUUCUUGGAGAAGACACACUGCCAUCACAGAACGGUGAAAAUGACACUGCCAAACCGACCAUAGACUCUUCGGUCCUGAUUAUUAAACCAAGCGAUGUGGAGGCAGUGGUCACCCAGCCAGCACCUGCGCUAGUACCCGCCACUAGGGUCAGGGCAGCCGUGAGUCAGCCAUCUCAUGCACCUGUAUCUACACCUCAGGUGGGAGUGGCUGCCGCCCGGUUCUUUCCUGCACCCAGGCGCCUGCACCAGCUCAUGUUUCCAUUGGAGGCUCAAGAGGGUCAUCGCCGCCACGACAGCCUCCUAUUCAGCUCCCUGUCCAGCUAG